UUGUCUGGCCGUAUUACUAGAAAAAAGUUGAGCAGAACAUCCUGACAGUCCUGUCGCCAACAUGGACCAAGAAAUUGUGGCGCACAUUGUCCUUCUGGUCAUUGUCACUCUUUUAAGUGUCAUCCAAAAUGUCUUUUUUGCACACAAAGUCGAAGAGGAAAACAAGAACAGAACAGGCAAAACUACCCAGCGAGUAUCUUCAGCUGCCUUUGAGCGCAUAUUUAAUGCCAACCAAAACUGUAAAGAUGCAUAUCCUACGUUUCUUGCCUUACUCUGGUGUGCUGGGUUGCUGUGCAGCCAAGUUCCUGCAGCAUUUUCUGGACUGCUGUACUUGUAUGUGAGACAGAAGUACUUUGUUGGCUACAUGGGCGAAAGGACUCAGAGCAUUCCUGGUUACAUGCUGGGCAAACGCCUGAUAUUUUUCCUCUUUCUCAUGUCAAUCGCUGGCGUCCUCAACUAUUACUUGGUUGUCUUUUUGGGAAGCGACUUUCAAGCGUAUAUAAAAACUGUCUCCAAUACCAUCUCCCCGCUGCUGCUCAUUCCUUGACUCUCUGGAGAGAGGAAGGAGGCGAGAGAGAAUGGAAGAGGUCAGCAACAUGCUUCGCCAAUCAAUAUCCAGAAGCAGAUGUUUGAAAUGAACCUACAAAGCCCCUUUUAGAUGGCCAUAAAUCGAACGCUCCCAGGGACUUUGUAGUUUUGAUUUAACACAGCCUUCCCCUCCUUCCUACAAGAAGAUGAUUUAUUGUGUGCAGUUGACAUGUCUUGCGUAGAAGGGUAAUAUGUUCCUGUAAAUUAUUGGGUCCCCUUUUAUAAAUGCAUUUGGUCAUUGGAUUCUUAAGUGCAAGGGAUUUUUUUUAAUUACAAAGACUAAGUGCCUGAUUUUGCAGUCUUCGUGCUUUUUUAAUUUCUAGGACAGUCAGCUCCCAUUCGGGUAGCUAUAGAGGAAUAUACUUGUCAGUUACUAUUACUAUUGCAUUAGUUUAGUAGACAUAAAAAUAAAGGAUAUAGUAUAUCACUUCUUUCUGGUUUGUUUCAGAGCAUUUCUGGCAUUUUAAAUAAAAGAAUUUACAAUGAUGAAAUUA